AUGGAUACCGCAAUCGAUCUGUCAGAUGCCUCAAAGGCUUUGGAUUUGGCCAAUAUUCGCUUUCAACUAAUCCGACUUGAGGACACUAUCACUUUCCACCUGAUCGAACGAGUCCAGUUUCCCCUCAAUGCGACCAUUUACGACGCUGCCGCACUACCCAUACCCUCCAGUAAUCUAGCUUUACCCGCGCAGAUCUCUCUCUGCGACUAUCUUCUCUCCGAAACCGAACGUUUACACUCUCUUAUCCGUCGAUAUGAUGCUCCGGACGAAUAUCCUUUCUUCCCCCAGGUCUUGCAGCGGCCCAUGCUCAAAGCCAUAGCAUACCCCAAGAUCCUCCACGAUAACGAUGUGAAUGUUAAUGACACCAUCAAAGAGAAGUAUAUCAAGGAAGUCUUGCCGGAAGCUUGCAGAAAGUUUGGGCGGGAAGACCGUGGUGAGACGAAAGAGAAUUACGGUAGCGCCGCAACUUGUGAUGUCGCUUGUUUGCAGGCCUUAAGCAGGCGAAUACAUUUUGGUAAAUUUGUGGCCGAGAGCAAGUUCCAGGCGGAGACGGAGCGUUUCGUCAAGCUCAUUAAAGCCGAGGACCGCGAGGGUAUCGACGCUGCCAUCACUAACGAAAAGGUCGAGCAGCAGGUCCUUGAGCGGCUGCGGUUGAAAGCCAAGACUUAUGGCAAAGAUCCCUCGGUGACCUCCAACGGGGCCGGCGGAGAGGAAAAGAUCAACGUCGAGGCGGUGGUCAAAAUGUACGCUCAGACUUAA